CCUGAAGUACAUGGUGAAGCAACUAGAGAAUGGAGAGGUCAACAUUGUGGAACUGAAAAAAAAACUUGGAGUACACUGCCUCAUUGCUGGAAGCUGUAUAUAUUGAUGAGACACGACAAAUCCUAGACACAGAGGAUGAACUUCAAGAAAUUCGCUCAGAUGCUGUACCCUCUGAGGUCAGAGACUGGCUGGCUUCUACAUUUACACAGCAAACGCGGUCCACAGGUCGACGGUCUGAGGAAAAGCCAAGGUUCCGCAGCAUUGUACAUGCUGUACAGGCAGGCAUUUUUGUGGAGAGAAUGUUUCGAAGGACGUAUACAGCAGUUGGACCAAAUUAUUCUGCAGCUAUUGUUAACAGUUUAAAGCAUCUGGACUUGUGGGACUUUGAUGUAUUUGUGCUGAAUAGAGUCAGUGAAGAUCAUGCAUUGAAAACCAUUGUGUUUGAACUUCUCACUAGACACAACCUGAACAGUCGCUUUAAGAUUCCCGUUGCGUUUUUAAUGAGUUUUCUGGAUUCCCUGGAGAGUGGCUAUGGAAAGUAUAAGAAUCCUUACCAUAACCAGAUCCAUGCAGCAGACGUGACACAGACAGUUCACUGCUUCCUUUUACGUACAGGCAUGGUGCACUGCCUGAAUGAGAUUGAGAUCCUGGCAAUUAUAUUUGCAGCUGCCAUCCAUGAUUUUGAACACACAGGUACAACGAAUAGCUUCCACAUCCAGACAAAGUCAGACUGUGCUAUCUUGUACAAUGACAGAUCAGUACUUGAAAACCACCAUGUAAGUGCAGUAUAUCGAAUUAUGCAAGAUGAUGAAAUGAACAUAUUUGUGAAUCUCACCAAAGAUGAGUUCACGGAGUUAAGGUCUCUUGUUAUUGAGAUGGUCUUGGCCACAGACAUGUCUUGUCACUUCCAACAAGUGAAAACAAUGAAAAGCUCCCUACAGUCCCUGGAGAACACUGACAAAUCAAAGGCACUAUCUUUACUACUCCAUGCAGCUGAUAUUAGCCACCCUACAAAGCAGUGGAAGGUGCAUGCCCGAUGGACCAAAGCUCUAAUGGAGGAGUUCUUUCGACAGGGUGACAAAGAGGCUGAAAUGGGGUUGCCAUUCUCUCCACUUUGUGACCGCAAAUCCACAUUGGUAGCUCAGUCUCAAAUAGGUUUCAUUGAGUUUAUUGUCGACCCAACAUUUUCAGUGCUGACUGAUGUGGCUCAAAAGAUUGUUCUUCCAUUAGUAGAAGAGGGCAGCAAAACUAAACCAGCUCCUCCGGUCAACCAGUCCAGCUCUCAGUGGAGACAACCAUCGCUAGAUGAACAGGCUGAAUUGGGUGAUAUUAAUGCUGACCUGAACAGCUUCCGAUCAACAUGGACCAAGUAUAUCCAGGAGAAUAAGCAGAAGUGGAAAGAAAGAGCAGCAAGUGGAAUCACGAACCAAACAUCUGUGGAUGAGCUUUCGCCCUGUGAGGAAGAGCAUAGCACAGAGGAAAAUGGUAACCUGGACUAG